AUGAAUCCCGAAACCUUUGUUAAUUUAAUAUUUCAUCGCAUCGAAGCAAAUUUCAUUCUUUCACAAGAUUAUUCAUAUGUUGAGUCGCUUGUAAACCGUAAUUUGGUAUUAGACAACGCGACUUCGCAGAUUCAAAGUAAACCAUUCGAAUCUUACACGGACGUUCUUUUCACAUAUAUUUGUUCUGACAAAAUUGCUCCUAAUAAUGAUUUCACGUUGAACGGAAUUUUUAUUACUCGUUUACUAGGACAGAGACUUCGUGAAUCUAUAAAUCCUAAAGCAUAUACUCCUUUAUUGAAAUUAUUCAAUAAUUUUGAACCACAACCCAAUUUUUCCUUUCAUACAAGUAGAGUGCCUGGACGUACUAUGUAUUGGUUGCUGUCAUUUAUACGUGAUGAAGUUACCUGGCUAUUACAAAAUGAAGACCAUGCCAUUCUUUAUACUCAAAUCACGCAAUCAGAAAAUAUAUCUUCUUUCUUAAAAGAUCAAUUUGGAAAAACUAAAUAUACCCUAAUGUAUGAGGAUCUUGAAUUUUCUCGAUUAGUGGAAGGAUUCUCUAAAAUUACAAAUAUUCCUAUAGAUCAUGGUUUUACUGAUGAUGAAAUUCUUAUGGAAAAAAAAUUACAAAGGUGUCAAAAUAUUCUUGAAUACUCUAUUCAUCACCCAUCUGAACACAGAUUACUCCAAAGUAAGAUUAGAAUGAUGUCAUUAAAUCCGUUUCUUUCGCGGCUGAUGUACAACGAUGUCAUUGAUAUGUAUUUGAAUCGUUUAAAGGAUAUUGUAAUAGAUCAUGAAGCGCGGAUUGACAUUUUUAACGCGUCUUUAGCAGAGCUAAGGCAAUUGUAUGAACAAUUUAUAUAUUUAGAAGAUGAAGAAAUAAUUCUUAUAUUAAUUGAUAUUGUUGAAUUAGUAAUAAAUGUUCCAUUCAAAUUUAUAACACGAACUUUACUUGCCACGUUAUUUUUUUACCAAUUCUGUACGAAUACGGUUCAAGCUAUUGAACCCACAAAGUCUAUAAAUUUCAAAGAAAUCAAUCGAUUAUUCCUCGACAUCUGGAUUAUUACAUUUUCUCGACUUUGUAUCGUCAGACCGUUUACAUCUCAGCAAACAUCUGCAUCAGAUGUACAUGAUAAUCUUUUGACACUCACAACACUAUUUAUUUAUUCUUUCAACGCGUCUAUGCUGUGUACUUGGUUACCACCUUUUAAUAAUUUGAAAAAUGUGGUAUCGAAUAAUGUUGAAAAUAUUGAUAAUGAAAAUAUGAUUAAGAUGAUAUUCGAUAAGCUUGGAUUUGAAGUACCAUUGGAGGUUUUAAUCCGAGAAUCAAAAGAAUUGGAGAAAGUUACAGGUAAAAGUGAUUGGAUGGCAGUAUUGAUAGAACGUCUUAAUAAUAUUGAUUAUUAA